AUAUGUUUGUGCUUCUGAAGGCAAGAGAAUUUCACGCACAGCCUUUACAGAGCUUUUCGCCAGUAGAAAUGCCAUCCAUUUCAAAACCAACGACUAAAGUYGAGCCAUUCAACUUAUCAGCUGACACACGAGGAGCAAAGAAAGCUGAAUUAUGGGCAAAAAAGGUUGAGGAUGAGCUUAAAGAACAAAGAAAAAAAGCCGUGUUCAAAGCCCAUUCAAGUAAUGUUUUAUAUCAAGCACCAUUUGUGCCAAAGAAAUCUUUGAAACAAAACACAAUUUUCGACGAAUUUAACUUAAACUCAGAGAAGCGAGCUGAGGAACGUGCUGCCUAUGAAAUGCACAAACGAGAACGAGAAAUUCAAGAUGAGGAGCUGAUACUACAGAGACAGGCUGAAAAAGAGGAGGAGGAAAGACAGAACAUUGCAAUGUUACGGAAACAGCUUGUUCACAAAGCUAACCCAAUCAGGACUUACAAACCUGUAGCAAUCACAUCUAGUGAUAAGCAGUUGACAAUACCAGAAUCUCCUUCCUGGCACGCGGCAAAAGAUAGGAAAGUUCUACGCAUUUAGCGUUUCAUUUUGGUGUUUAUUCUUACAGCCACUCAAUGUUUUUACCAUCGUAAUAUUUUUCAAACAGAACUCAAAAGGGACUUGAGAACAAAUAGAAGAUUUAACCAAACUGAAAUUUUGUUUUAAUAAUAAUUAAAAAUUAUUAAAAUGCAGCUAUAAUUGACCAGUCUACAACAGUCCAAAAUUUGCUUAAGAUCUAGUACUGGUGUAUGCGUGAGACUCUACUGGUGCAUGGAACAUUGUUCUGUGUCAAUAAUUGACUGCACAACAGUAUUACAUGCACCACAAUUAAAUUUAAAAUGUUGUACACAAUUUGAGCUUUUCUUCAAUGUGAGCCAUUUGAGGUCUUUUAUCAAUAUUAUUGGUUACUAAAGCCAUGUAAAAGUAGAGGCAAUCUAGUCACUUUCUACAGUUUUAUCAUACUUUUCUGCUUAUUUUGUAUAAUACUAUUGUUAAAAAACGAUUCCAUCAAUGUAAGAUUUUCAUAACUAAAUAAACACAGCAUAGUGUGAUGAAACAAGACUUGAUUUAUUACUUGAU